ACGAGCUGAAGCUGAAGGAUGUGAACGGCUGGGCUGGAGUUGUCCUCCUUUAUUUAUUGCCAUUGCACUGCAGGAAUGUCGACGGAUGAAAUGCACGCUGGAACGACAAGCCACACACGAGCGUGUGCUUGACAGAGUGUAGCUCAGUUUUUCUGAUCCGGAGGACACCAGAUGGGAUCGUCAGAUAGGUUAUCAUCUCUUCUCUAAGAUAAAAAUCAGAGCACCCACAGUAAUGGAUGCAGUGCCAGAGUAUUCCCUUUUUCUCGUCCGGAUUUUGGAGGAACUAGACACCAAGUACAGCACUGUGUCAUAUCAGGAUCUGUGCAAAUCCCUGUGUGCCCGCUUUGACCUGGUCCACCUGGCAAAGCUGAGGAGCCUGCUGUUCUACACAGCAUGUUUGGACCCAAGUUUCCCCGCUACCCUAUUUAAAGACAAGAUGAGGUGCUCGGUGGAAGAUCAGCAGUCUAAGAAGCUUAUGGUGGCAGCGGACAUUGUCACCAUGUUCAACCUCAUCCAGAUGAAUGGAGGAAUGGCCAAAGACAAGUUGCCGAUGAGUCAUAGACCCAAGUUUCAUAAGAACCAAUCUUUUGAGUCCUGCAGGUCUGAUACGGACGUCUAUAAGUACAAUGAUUGUGAGAGAGCGUAUGACUUCCCCGACAGAAGGGGUCAUCAUGUUUCACGGACGUCACCCUGCCCCAAAUCGGAGUGCAACAACUGUCAGACAUUUAUGCCAACCUCAGACCCCAAUUUCCUCCUGGGAGUCUCCAAGGAUCUGAAAUGUAGAGCAGCAUCGCUGGAUAAGCUGCAGCAUCUGCCUCAGUAUGCCAGUGCCAGUCCACCUCCAUGUGAGAUGCAGAGCACCUACUUCCCCAUGGACAUUGACAGUGAGUCCACCACCGACCAGGAAUCUCUACACAUCAACCCAAGUGGCAAGGAUGUUUUCCUGCCUAACUCGGAGCCUUUCACUGUGCACUCAUGCGUGCAAAAGCGGAAUAUCUUUAAGGAAGACUUUCACAACCUUGUUGCCUUUUCUCCCCAUGUGAUCUCCACGGAGUCCAAAGCCAACACCAGAGGCAGUGGAGAUUACCACAGGAGGGAGCUGCACAAGCCGCCCACCUUCUUUAAUCACAGCUUUGAGCUGCCAUACAGCAACCCUUACUUUGAACCGGUCAGCUCGCCCAUUCAGAAUAAAACGAAGGUGAAGCACGAGAGCCUUGAUGACUUGCAGGCAUCCACGUAUUUUGGACCAACAACAGUCACAGAGUGCGUGAACACCAGGAGGACUUCUGGGAGACAGGGCAGGCAGCCAGCUUGGCCCGUGAAGAGUUUAAGCCUGAACACUGAGGAGGGCCCUGACUUUGAGAGGUCCUUUUUGAACAACAAGGUGCCAAAAGACAAUCACCGCCAUAACAUCAGCACCAUGGAAAACGACCAACACUUUCAGUGUGCCAAAGAGAAGUCCACAGCCUCUCCUGCAGGCUUCUCCAAGAAGUCUAAUGGACUGAAGAUGAAGGAGAUGACCUCUGUUGCUUGCGGUCCAAGUGUUGAAAAGAGAGAAGGUGGGAAGAGGUUCAAGGACAAGAGUAUCAAUUGUCCAUCGAUCCAGGCUGCUACCAUAGACAAUGGCCUUAGUGUUGGGACACAAACAGAGCAGUCUGAACAAAGGAAGCUGAAAGACUAUAGCAUCCACAACAAGAAUGGGGAGAGGCCUUCUUUCAAACACCCAGAGGAGGACUGCGAGAUUGUAAGCGAUGACAUUAGUGACAUCUUUCGCUUCCUGGAUGAUAUGAGCGUGUGUGGUUCCAUCGGAAUCACCCAGUCAUCCUGCUACAACAGUAAUGGCUCACUCUCUCAGGUGACCAAGUCUGAUGGCGAUAGCUCACCCGAACGCAACACGAUCAAACUGGGCAAGUCUACCAUCAAGCUCGACCGUCUCUUCCACUCUCUGGAGAACUCAGAUGAUGAACUCAAAGCAAGUGUCUGCAAACUGGUCCUCAGGAUUGGCGAGAUUGAGAAGAAGCUUGAAUCUCUCUCAGGAGUGCGUGGGGAGAUUUCCCAGGUCCUCUCCAAGCUCACCAGGCUGGACGAAAAGAUUCAAGAACCUGAAGCAAACAGGAAAUCCGGUGAUAGUGGCAUGGCAUCACAGAUCCAGACCGAUGUGAAUCUGUCACCUCAUGUGUUUCAGUGCCACACAACAGGGCACAACGUAAAAGUGGACUCAAAUGCAGAGUGGUGCUGCUCAGACGCUAGUGGCAGCGAAAGCCUGAGGGUGAAAGCACUGAAAAAGAGCAUGUUCACCCGCAGGUCGUCCAGGUCUCUGACAGAGGAGAACAGUGCCACAGAAUCCAAAGUGGCCAGCAUCACCAACUCACCUAGAGACUGGAGGACUGUCUCCUACUCUAGCCAUCCAGUGGAGGAGGUUAAGGAGAAGGAGAGGCAUGGAGAUGGCAAGGAAAGACACAGGAAAGCCAAAGAGACAGAUCGACAGUAUGACCCCCACCAGGCCCACCGUUCUUCCAAACCACCCAAGGACUCCUAUCUGGUCGAGCAGGUGUUCAGCCCCCACCAUUUCAACCCCUCCGUCAAGUCCCAUGUCAAAGGCAGCCCUCUCUACACUGACCUGCGACUGACCAGUGUGGUCGAGGGCAAGCGUCCGCAACCCUCCUGGACCAUAGAGGAAUUCAAACGCAACUCAGGAGACAAGAGCAAACUCAGUGCACUGGACCUACAGACCCAGGAGUCCCUCAACCCCAACAAUCUGGAGUACUGGAUGGAGGACAUCUACACACCGGGCUACGAUUCGCUGCUGAAGCGCAAGGAGGCGGAGUUUCGCAGAGCUAAAGUGUGUAAGAUUGGUGCUCUGAUUGCCGCGGCGGCAUGCACUGUGAUAUUGGUCAUCGUCGUGCCCAUUUGCACUAUGAAGACCUGAGGUCUUUUUUUACGUUGCCAAUGAAACUUGAGCAGUCUGGUUUUGUUCGUGUAGGGAUGGUAUUUUUUGUGCCUAGAUUAGGCCAGAUUGUGGAUUUAAUGGAACUUUCACUGGUGAAUGUCCAUUCAAAGAGGACCAGUUUUUGGCUUAAUCCAGGAGAAAAGAACUUGCCUGGACAGUCAUGGAAGAAACACUACAAACACAAUUCACUACUGAUUACUCUUUGAUGUGCGUCUUUUUUUUUUUAUUUCCAGUAGUUGAUAUUUGACUUGAAAACUGAUUUGUUAACAUAGACGAGCACUUUUAUGGAACAUAGAUAAUGUACUCUUGUUUUAUAACCCGUAUUUAAUGUACUGAAUCAAUCUGUUUAAAUCCUGACACCUUUAUGUUUGUUGCAAUAGACACUACAAGGAAGGAAGCAUAUAUUUUUUAUUUUACUAUGAUUCUAUGAGAGUAAUUUUUCAAUGAAUUUGAAGACAGAAUGUGACAGUAGAGCGAGGUUUAUCUUUUUGACAAAUCAGGAAAGUUUUAUUGGGUUUGUGCAAUGUUCUUUUUUUCCUAAGUGAAAAUAUAUUGAGAUAUGAUAAAUAACUCUAUAUAAUGAAGGAAAACAUGUCAGAAGAGCUAAAUGUACGAAGGGCCGUUGUGUAUUAUAUGAAAGUGAAAUGACUCCUCUGGUGAUGUUUACUCAUAUUAUUCAAUUAGUGCUGAGCUACAUAUAACUCAAAUUUAAUUGCUAAUGUAUUUACUUAGUUCAGAAAGCAAUUGGAUCAGCACAGUAGGCCUACUGCUUCUUUUGUGAUCAUUCUUUGCCUUGUUCUUUCAGAACUACUCUUUGUUUACUUGAAGCUCCACAGUUUUUCCCAAUAGCUCAAUAUUUAGAAAGUAGGAUGGAAUUUAGAACUGGAAUAUUGACUCUAUACAUGAUGAUGACUUCAUCUGUGUUUGUCUUUACUGGGCUGUGACUUAAGAAAGACUUUGCACCACUGAGUACUAAUGACCAGUUAGCAGUUAGCAUUUCUUAAAACCA